CCAAUCAUCACCAAACAACCAACAAAGAGCACUCUGUCAGUCCUGAGCGAGGAGCGAUCGACUUGGCUACAACGUCUAACUGACCAUCAUGGGACAGAAUCUAGACAAAGUGGAAGGAGGAGAGCAAGGUUUCAGUGAAGGAUCGGAGGAGACGAAGCCCAGCCAUGACUCUGAAUGUGUGGGCAGUCAUGCAGGUGAUGUCAUAGAGGGAGAAAAAUUAUGUGAAGACGAGGGCAGUAACACCGGGGUAAAGCCAGAGUUUCAGGAUCAAGAGCCAACAACACCUUCUAGUAAGGAGCACAUGAAUGUGUGGGAGAGUUCUGCUGCUGCAAGAGAGGUGAGACAGGGAGGGGUUGCAGGAAAGGAGGAAGGAGGAGGAGGGAGGACUGCUCCACUGGUUCCACAUGAGACAGACAAGGACUGCAAGAGCAGUUUGAAAACUGUGGAAACUGCAAGAGCUCAUAAGCGGUUCAGUCAGAUCAAGAGUGAGAAAAAGAUCAAGAUGGAGUAUCCGGCAGAGGAAACCUUACCACAUGAGGAGAACCAAAGUGAAAACCCAGAGGACGCAAGCUCUUUUCACAUCUCUGAACGGGGAUCUAUGAUGCAGACGAGCAGCAGAUGUGGAGCUCAUGCAGGAAGUGAGUCUCUGCACUUUCAGGAUCUGAAUGAAACCAUGAUGCAUAAAGUUGAGAAUGAGGAUAUUAAGAUUUGCGCGGGAACAGUGGGCCGCUUGAGUGAGGGGAAAGAACCGCCCCCACCUCAACCCCAGCAUCCUUUGAAAAACAGCCUUCAGAGAGCGCCUUUAUUGGACGUGAGUGAUACCAUUCACUGUAGACCUUCAAAGGAGAGCGCAGAAAGUAAAACAAAACAUGAAGCUGCCACCGAUGACCAAAGAGAGUUGGCAAGGGCUUAUUCACAAGUGGAUACAGCUGACAUGAAUCCAGUUUCCACUGAACCCAGCUCUAUUUUGGAGAAGCUGCUUAAGAGGAAUAAAAAGGAGGCAACACCAUCCCUUUCUAAAAUAAAAGAAGUUCAUACUGACUGCAAGGACACCUCAGAUGUUCCUGUAGAUGUAAGUGCAAAGGAGGUCCUUGACAGUUCAGCAUUAGCAUCACCUGGUGAUUGGAUUGAUCUUUCAGAAAGCGAUAUAAAGGGGAUUUUGUCCUCCUCUGCAGAUUGGAUACACAAUAAGCAUAAAGCAGAAUAUGCAACAAAAGAUUACACCAGUAAAGACCUGGAUGUGAAACAAGCAGUCUCUACUCACAGUGCAGCUUCAGAUUUGCUUUGUUUUGAGAGCUCAUGCCCAAAAUCACAUGAUUUCAGAGCUGAAGACAUAGACUCAACUGAUGCUUCAAACAAGCAGGAUGUGAAGAUAAAAGCAGACUUGGGCCUCUCUGAAGGUGUAGGCUCGGAUGACUUAAAAUCAGCUGUUUCACAUGAAAAAAGUGAAGUGAGUGGCGAGGAAUCUGCACCUUCCUCUCUGUCUCCACCUACAAAGAAUGAUGGGCAAAAGACAGACACCAGCACUCUGAGACCUCUGAAGAUAAGAGGUGAUGCCGAGAGCAAAAGCAACCCACAGUUGUCUGACUCUGAAAAGGCAGAUAGUCGACUGGUCAGGAGAAAAGAGUCCCUGAAGAAAACUGUUGCACUAGCUGCAGAUGCUGGCUCAGUCUCGAGUUCAGGUGUUACGGUUACCUCAGAGGAAAUUCACCAAGUCUCAGGCAGCAUGAGGAAGGAUGCUCAUAUGACGCUUAACACAGAAAACAAGAUUCCAGAAGAAACUGCUAAAAAACCUGGCAAAGACGAUGAUGAUGACUCUAUCUCAGAGAGAAACAAGUCCCUGGGCACUCCCCGAUCAAGGCCCGUCUCUGAACUCAUAAAGGAGACAGUUCAGCUGCAUGAAAAGCUGCAGCACCAGGAGCGGCCAAAGCUAGCUGAACUCAAGUCGGAUGAGCAGAACCAGUCCGUGAAGGUGGCACAGAUGAAGGCGGCUUUUGAUUCUGCUCAGAAAACCCCCGAGAAGCCCAUCGAGAGGAAGCCAUCAAUGAGAAAAGAUAUGAGACGAGUUGUACGGCAGAGCAAAUUCCGUCACGUCUUCGGCCAGGCGGUGAAGAAUGACCAGUGCUACGAUGAUAUCCGGGUCUCGAGGGUCACGUGGGACAGCGCCUUUUGUGCAGUCAACCCCAAGUUUGUCGCUAUAAUUAUUGAGGCCAGCGGUGGCGGAGCUUUCCUCGUCCUCCCUCUGCACAAGACGGGGCGCAUUGAUAAAUCCUACCCCACAGUGUGUGGUCACACAGGCCCGGUGUUGGACAUUGACUGGUGCCCCCACAAUGACCAGGUCAUUGCCAGCGGCUCAGAGGACUGCACCGUGAUGGUGUGGCAGAUUCCGGAGAAUGGCCUAGUCACUUCCAUGUCUGAGCCAGUGGUGAUAUUGGAGGGCCACUCCAAGCGUGUGGGCAUCAUCACAUGGCAUCCAACAGCACGAAACAUCCUCCUUAGUGCAGGUUGUGAUAACCAGAUAAUCAUCUGGAAUGUGGGCACCGGUGAGGCCAUGAUCAACCUGGAAGACAUGCAUCCUGAUGUCAUUUACAAUGUGUGCUGGAACCGCAAUGGAAGCCUUAUCUGCACUGCCUGCAAGGACAAGGCCAUCCGUGUCAUUGACCCCCGCAAGCAGGAGAUUGUUGGUGAGAAAGAGAAGGCCCACGAGGGCGCUCGCCCCAUGAGGGCCAUUUUCCUUAGUGAUGGAAACAUCCUCACCACUGGCUUCAGUCGCAUGAGUGAGAGACAACUGGCUCUCUGGAAUACGCAAAACUUGGAGGAGCCAAUGACUGUCAAUGAGAUGGACACCAGCAAUGGAGUGCUUCUGCCCUUCUAUGACCCAGACACCAAUGUCGUUUACCUCUGUGGAAAGGGAGACAGCAGCAUCCGUUACUUUGAAAUCACAGAUGAGGCUCCCUAUGUUCACUUUCUGAACACCUUUGCCAGCAAGGAGCCCCAGAGGGGUAUGGGCUACAUGCCAAAGAGGGGCCUCGAUGUCAAUAAGUGUGAAAUUGCAAGGUUCUAUAAACUGCAUGAAAGAAAGUGUGAGCCUAUUGUGAUGACUGUGCCUAGAAAGUCGGACCUGUUCCAGGACGACUUGUACCCAGACACAGCCGGUCCAGAUCCUGCUUUGGAGGCUGAGGAGUGGUUUGAUGGCAAGAAUGGAGACCCCAUUCUCAUCUCCCUGAAGAAUGGCUACGUCCCGGGCAAGAACCGUGAAUUCAAAGUGGUCAAAAAGAACAUGUUGGACAACAAGGUCACCAAGAACUCAGAGAAGUCGAGCUCUUCCAACAAGUCCUCCCACCCAGCUCCAUCAAUUAAAUCUGAAGCCAAGCUGGAGGAGAUCUUGAAAGAAAUCAAGUCCCUCAAGGACAUGAUCAGCAGUCAAGAAAAGCGAAUCGUCCAACUUGAAGAGCAGAUGUCCAAACUUGCCAUUUAAGGACCCUUUUGCCCAACCCGCUACAAUUCAGGACGCUCCACUGGCUGGGGGUGGGGGUGGGCGGGAACACUCACUGCCUAUCUCAAUGACAGUGUUUCGUCUGCCUAGCAAAGAUCCCUAGCAACAUUCCAGAUGAACUUUUUCUUAGCCAGCUCCCAACCCUCAGUUUAAAACAGGUGGAAUAAGAAGAACAUGUGGCAGAUUUAGUAGAAAAUACUUUCUUUUUGGUGGCAAAGGACUAUUCCUUUUAUUCUGUGGCAGUCUUUUUUUUUUUUUUUUUUAAAUUGUGUCUACUUGUUUAAAAAGAUCUUACAUAAUUCUUUGCAUUUUAGAAUAAUAAUCAAGAAAACCAUGUCAACAGCCCCCCACCCCCCAAUUUAUCAUUGUAUAGCAUCAUGUUUUAUAAGUAGGCCUCAGUGUUUGGUGUUUGCCCUUCUCCAAAAUUAAGACAUUGCCAAAUCUGGAAUUUUGUUUACACUUCCUUAACAGUAUUUUUUUUUAAAGUACAGAAACAAAAUCAGUGAUGCACUAUGAAAUUAAAAUCAUUUAAUUGGAUGGUUCUGAAAGAGAGACUGACAGAUCAAAUUUGUAGUUAAAAGAAAAUACAUUGCAGGUUGCCACAGCUGACACCAAACACUCAGACACAACCUUAAGUGACUAAUUCUUGCUGUCUUUGUUGAAGCUGCAGAAAUCCACACUUCGCCUCUGCUGUUUCCUUUCAUUCCUGUCGCUUUUCCAUCAUUCCGACUGUGGACGUAAUAGUCCAAGUAAACAUGCAUUCCUUUCUACCUUGCUUUACUAACAUGCACUCUGCACUUAUUCAAGAAAGUGACACAUUCCACAAUUCUUAUUGGCUAUUCUUGGUAUGAGGGGAAAAACACACUCACUGCGGUGACUCAGUUGCACUGCUUGGUUGUUGGGAUUCUUUAUGUGGUGCCCAUGGAAAGACGAGCUUUUGCAUUUUCAUUCUUUCUGCGAGGAAAAACUCCAACCCGAUUGUUUGGUUAUUCGUGGGUUUGCUCAGCACAUCACUGUAGUCAAGUGCAAUGGGCUUAUUUUUUUGUCACUGCUCUUUUGUUUGCUUUGCCAUCUCAUGUGUGUUUUCUGUAUAAGCACAAAAGAAAGUUUUCUAAAAUGACAUCAAAUAAUCCCGCAGCUACUUGACUGCUUUUAACCAUGUGAUGUUAAAGCUGGCUAGACCUCAAAGGCCUAAUCUGGGUCCUUAUGUCUCUGGCCUUUUAGGUAUCAGCCACUGUAGACUUUCCACUACAGAGUUUUCCUUUUAAUUCAGAAGAAGUAAGUAGUUGGGUUAUUGCUUCAAUGUUCAAUUAAAUCCUGUUUCUUGUUCCAGCUGUUUCUACAUCCCUCUUAGCACUUCCACAUCUUGGCUAUUUCUCAGAUGCUCCAAUUUAGUGCAGUCAAAUUUGAAAACUGAUCAUAUUUUUCAACCUGAGUUGUUUUUUUUUUUUUUGUUUUUUUUUAAAGAUCGUUUCCCUGUGGGAAGCUGAGACGGGUAAUGGUUCAAUCUGUUGUUUGCCUUUAAUAAAUGUUACCACUGUAAAGACCUGAAAGUGCCAUAGAGGUGACCCUGGAAGUGUUUUAUUUUUGUUUCUUUGUAGGACGACUGUUCUGUGAGUAGUUUUGUGGAAUAAAUGGAGGCGAGGUGCCUGGAGUUUAAACCCACUUUGAGGUGCUAUACUCAGUACAAAAUUCAAAGGACUCAGUUUCUUACGUACUGUGUGACAUCAUGAAGUCCUGCCAGUCCAUAAUAAAGUUCACCAGGCAGCAUUACUUUGUCAGGGUUUGUCAAACACAUUGUGCUCCUGACGCUGUGACACUUUCCUCUGGGGUACAAGCUUAAAAUGUAAAAUGAUGUAAAACCAGGAAUCUGUUAGCUGAGUCAUCAAUAAUCUGAGAAUAUUAGUGACAGGAAAUCUAGAGUGUGAUGCAUGUUUGGCUGACACUGGUCAUACUGCCAUAUCUUUUAUAUGAGACUGCCAUUCUCUGGGUUAGCACUGUUGGCACGAGAGCUGAGUUUUGAGGAGUAGUAGCUUAUAGAGAUCCAAAGGGACACUGUAGGUGGAAAAAUAAAAAAUGUGUUGAAAGAUAGAUGUAUGUUUGUAAUUGAGGUCUAGAAAAUGAGUGAGAGCUGUGUAAAUAACGUGACCAUAUAUCUGUAUUUUUUUUCCUCCCCAUUUCUUUUGUUUUGUGGAUGUGCUGAAGAGGGUAUUUGUGUGGGAGGUGGAUUUUUAAACAUUCCCCCUGUUUGUGUUCCUUGCACCUUGCCAUCAUGAGAAAAGCAGAACCUCUGUUGCGUCGGAGGUUAUCAAGAAAGAAAAUCUGAUGAAAAACGAACCAGGAUGAAAGCCUCGUGUGGAGGUCUGCUCAGCAUUUUUGUUCAUUAUUCUUGCUUCAAAUAUCAAACCAUUGAUUAUAAGAAAAAUUAAUAAAGAAUUUUUAAAAUGA